AUGUAUCUGUCAGUGUUAAUCUUAAGCUACCUGCUGCAGUUUGCCAACUGUGCUAUAGACACAGCUUUGCUGUUGGCAUAUACAACGGGCAUGGUGAAAGUUAGCAAUACUGUUAUGUUUGCUUGCUCACAACAAGACCUGGUAUCCAAUAGUUUGGCGCUGAUGCAAAGCAAUCAGUUUGUUUAUGCUGCAAAUACAAACAGUUCGUUUGAUCUGCUGACGAUAUUGACUAGAAAGAAUUAUAUGAAAACUGCUGUAGUUGUGGAUACGUCAUGUGCUGGCACGCAAGAGCUGCUUAUGGCAGCUUCAGCUUAUAGAUAUUUUAAUAAGACCUAUCAAUGGUUAUUUUGGAGCAUGAAUGAGCAGCUGGAGCAGCUGCUGCCGCUGGAGUUGGAUUAUGUGGGACCAAAUGCGCAGCUUACAUAUGUUAAUGGCACAGCUGAGUAUUAUAUGCUAUGGGAUGUGCAUUCCAAAGGACGACAGCUGAAAUCGCCGCUGGAGCUGCAUUUAAUUGGCAGCUACGCUAGAGCAACUAAACAGCUGCGCAUAGUUAAUGAUAUUGCUGAGCUGCAAAGCAUUAAGCAUCGCAGUCAGUUUAAUGCUUUGGUGCUUAGAGGCGCCAGCGUGAUUGAUCGCGAAAACAUAACAAGCAAUGCACAAAUCGAAGCUAUACUCGCACGUCCUACUAAAGACGCUGGCGUCGCUGCUUUCAUCAAGUAUCACUAUGAGCUGCUGAGUUUGCUCAAGGAUCGCUUUAAUUUCACUGUGAAUUUUCGCAACUCACGUGGCUGGGCAGGUAGAUUAGGUAACAGCAGCUUUCGUUUGGGUCUGCUGGGCAUUAUACAACGCAAUGAAGCGGAUAUACCUGCCUCGGGUUCGUUUAAUCGCAUUAAUCGCUUUGCUGAAUUCGAUACCAUACACCAGAGUUGGAAAUUUGAAACUGCUUUUCUCUUUCGCUUUACACCCGACCUGGACACACAUGGCAAGAGUGGCAAUUUUCUAGCGCCAUUUAGCACUAAGGUAUGGCUUUUCACCUUGGCCACUAUAAUAAUCAUUAACUUGAUAUGGCUGCUGCUCGAGUACAUAAAUAAGCGUUGGCAUGCGCAGCGGCAGCAGCAGCAGCAGCAACAGGCAACAAGCGUGGCCCACACACAUCGCAGCAAUUGGACGGAACGCAUUUUGCAUAUUUUUGGCGCAGUGUGUCAACAGGGCAUGGAGCCCAUACCCAAGGAUCUGCCCUCACGCUCUAUAGUGGUUACGGUGUUUCUAUUCUCUGUGGUAAUGUAUAACUAUUAUACGAGCUCCGUUGUGGGCGGUUUGCUUAGCUCGUCGGAUCAAGGACCUGCCAGUGUAGAUGAAAUCAUAGCCAGCGCACUUAAAAUCUCAUUCGAGGACAUUGGCUACUACAAAGUGCUGUUCAAGGAAAACAAAAGUCCCAUUGUAACGCAGCUUAUAAGUCGCAAACUGUCGGCAGCUCGCAGUGCCAGCGAAUUGGGUGUCUAUGGACAUAUAGAGGAUGCUAUACCUUAUCUUAAAAGCGGUGGCUACGCUUUUCAUUGCGAAGUGGUGGAUGCUUAUCCGGUUAUAGCCAAACUCUUUGACACCAAUGAAAUUUGUGAUUUACGCGAAGUAUCCGGUUUAAUGGAGGUGGACAUAAUGAAUUGGAUUGUUCACAAGAAUAGUCAAUAUACAGAGCUGUUUAAAAUAGCCAUGUGUGCCGCACGUGAGGCAGGCUUGGUGGAGCGCGUGCUGCGUCAGCGUCAAAUGAAGAAGCCGCAAUGUCAAUCGCUAUAUACAGUUUAUCCUGUUACUAUCUCUGGCGUAACUUCAGCUUUUCUUACGCUGCUUGGUGUGUACUUUAUGCUUAACUUAUGUUUGUUAUUAUUAUUUAUUUUUUGGCAAUUUAACAAAUUUAUUAAAAAACAUUUAUAUUGGAUAGACUAUUUGCCAGCAUUUUUCUACACAUAUGUAUGUUUAGGUUUUGGUUUUUAUAUUUUAUUGACUGCGUUAUGGAUUUGGGUUUCCUUUAUGUGUGCCAGAUGUUCCAAAAGGCAUUCGAACUUACAAGCUCUAAGUAGUUUUUAUUUGCAAUAUGUUCGCUUGUUGUUGUUGUUGUUGCUGCUGCUGCUUUUGAAAUUCAAUUACGUACGGCCAGCAGGCUACUUAUUGUUAGCAAUAUAUAAUCUCAAUUGUUAUAAAGUUAAGUAAAUUUGUUCAAGAUAUAUAAUAGUAGUGACCCGUAUUUUGAAAUAGUACUUUGUGUUUUAAUUAGUUUUCGUUAAACCUUUUUUUGUCUACAUAAGUAUAUUGAAGAGUUUGUUAGUAAAUUGUUCUGGCUUUUUAAACUGUGUUUUGGCUACGUUUCUUCAAAAAAUUUGUUCACUAUUUUGGCCUAUAUAUGCGCAUAGGGAUUGUUCGCUUUGAAUUGUACGACUCAAAUGUUCCCAUUGGAAUAGAAAGGUGGGCUU